AUGGCAAUCGGUGGAAUUUCGCAAAACGAAUUGGUUUUUCUGCGACUAUUGGAGCGGACAAAAAGAUUGACCAAAGAGAAUUUGUCGCAAAAUGUGUGGAAAGUGACAGCGGCGAUAAAAGUGUUGACAAAUCAAUUGAAUCAAUUGGAAGAGUGUGGAGAGGAAAAUGAUAUGAUAUUAGAAUAUCGAAGAGAAAUUGUGCAAUUGGGACUAUUGGCCGAGGCUGAAAAACAGGCGACAAUUGAAGAAUCGCUGAAAAUUGUGGAGAAAAUACCAAGAACCUUUCCAAACCAAAAUCCAGAUGAAAAAAAUUGAGCAAAAAGAGUCGGCGGCUGGAAUAAGAGAGGCUCAAAAAUCGAUUUAUCGCCAAGAUUUGCGGCACGAAUUGUUGAGAAAUCGAAAAACCCAUGAAAAUCAUGAAAAUUUCGGGAAUUCUGAUGAGAUUUUCAUGAAAAACGAGAAAAUCGAAGAGAAUUUGGCCGAGGAUUUGCUGAAAAUGACGAAAUCGCUGAAGAGUGUGAUGAGUGCGGCGGGUGAGGUGAUCAAAGAGGAUAAUGUGAGAUUGAGCAAGAUGCAGCAGCAGGUGGAUAAGAAUAAGAGCGAUUUGGAGGUGAGUUGAAGGCUCCAGGGUGGAAAAUUGUGAAAAUUUAGGUUUUCCAUGUAAAUUUCAUGAAAAUUGGAUGUUUUUAGGUAAAAAUAUGCUCAAAAUGCUCCAAAUUCUAGAAUUUCAGCGAAAAAUUCUCUGAAAAUCAUGAUUUUUAGCUCAGAAUGCUCUAGAAGGAAGUUUUUAUGGCUCCUGGGUUAAAAAUCGUGAAAUUUGGAUGUUUUUAGGUGAAAAUAUGCUCAAAAUGCUCCAAAUUCAAUAAUUUCAGCUAAAAAAUGCUCUGAAAAUUAUAAUUUUUAGCUCAGAAUGCUCCAGAAGGAAGUUUUUAUGGCUCCAGGGUGAAAAAUCGUGAAAAUUGAAUGUUUUUAAGUAAAAAAAUGAUCAAAAUGCUCCAAAUUCAAUAAUUUCAGCUAAAAAUGCUCUGAAAAUCAUGAUUUUUAGCUCAGAAUGCUCCAGAAGGGAGUUUUUAUGGCUCCAGGCUUAAAAAUCGUGACAAUUUGAGUUUUCUAUGUAAAUUUCAUGAAAUUUGAAUGUUUUUUAGUAAAAAUAGGUAAAAAUAUGCCCAAAAUGCUCCAAAUUCUAUAAUUUCAGCUAAAAAAUGCUCUGAAAAUCAUGAUUUUCAGCUCAAUUCUCUAGAAGCUCCAAAAUUUAAUUUCAAGUCAAAUUUAAGAAUAAUUGGACAUUUUUAUGGCUCUAGGGUUAAAAAUUGUGAAAAUUUGAUUGAAAAUCAUGAAAAUUUGAGUUUUCCAUGUAAAUUUCAUGAAAAUUGGAUGUUUUUAAGUAAAAAUGGGUGAAAAUAUGCUCAAAAUGCUACAAAUUCAAUAAUUUCUGUUCAAAAUUAUCUCAAAAUUAUGAUUUUCAGCCCAGAAUGCUCUAGAAGGAAGUUUUUAUGGUUCCAGGGUUAAAAAUCAUGAAAAUUGGAUGUUUUUAUGUAAAAAUAUGCUCAAAAUGGUCCAAAAUCAAUAAUUUCAGCUAAAAAUGCUCUGAAAAUCAUGAUUUUUAGCUCAGAAUGCUCCAAAUUUCCUCAUUUUCGGCUCAAAAUGAAUUUCAGUCCAAAUAUAUCGAAUUUCAGCUUAAAAUGCUCCAAAAUUUAAUUUUAGGUCGAAAAUACCCAUAUUUAUACUGAAAAUGCUCCAAAUUUCAGCCAAAUCUCAAAAUUUCAGUUUUUUUUCAGAUCGAAAGUGAUCGCCUGGCCCACCAUGCUUAUAAAUGCGGUUUCGAUUGUAUGCGAAUAUUCUUGGUGAUUUUCAUUUUUUGGACUUUUAUCUCAAUGGUUGUUAUGAUGAAAAUGUUUCCAAAAAGAGUGGUUUCAUAG